CAGAAAAUGUACAUUUAGGUGUUGAGACCUAACCCUCUUUUUUUUCUCCUCACAGUAUCUUUAAAAGUAUAGUGUUUGGACUAUCUGUAUCAGAAUAUAAAUGCAAAUCACAGCAGAUCCAAAUAAUCAGAAUAUUCGAGGGUGGUGCCUGGGAAUCUGCAAUUUUAACAGGUCAAGAGGCAACUGCCAUUGAAAGAGAAUGAGUGACUGUUCCCAAGACAGCAGGCAUCAGGGGAGCAGCCGAAGCACUGACAGAAAGCUUUAAUUACCUAAAUGACUGAUAAUGGUCCCCAGCUGCCAAAGAAGACUGUGGAUGCCAAGAGAAAGGUAACUGUUUCUUACCCCUCGAGUGGAAUUGGAUGCCUCUAGGAACCCCCACUGGCUGUCAGUAGACAUGGCUGAGCUUACGAGCUACAAGGAUACCGCCUCCAGCCGCCACCUGCGCUUUAAGUUACAGAGUCUGAGCCGCCGCCUCGAUGAGUUGGAGGAAGCCACAAAAAACCUUCAGAAAGCGGAGGAUGAGCUCCUGGAUCUCCAGGACAAGGUGAUUCAGGCGGAAGGCAGCAACUCCAGCAUGUUGGCUGAGAUUGAGGUGCUGCGCCAGCGAGUGCUGAGAAUCGAAGGCAAAGAUGAGGAAAUUAAGAGAGCAGAGGAUCUCUGUCAGCUGAUGAAGGAGAAACUUGAAGAGGAGGAAAACCUCACCCGGGAGCUGAAAUCUGAGAUUGAGCGGCUUCAGAAGCGAAUGGCUGAGCUGGAGAAGCUAGAGGAGGCCUUUAGCAGGAGUAAGAAUGACUGUACCCAACUCUGUUUGAGUCUGAAUGAGGAGAGAAACCUGACGAAGAAAAUCUCCUCUGAGCUGGAAAUGCUCAGGGUCAAAGUGAAAGAACUGGAAUCUUCCGAGGACCGGCUAGAUAAAACUGAGCAGAGUUUAGUGUCAGAAUUAGAAAAGCUGAAAUCAUUAACUCUGAGCUUUGUAAGUGAGAGAAAAUACUUGAAUGAAAAGGAGAAAGAAAACGAGAAACUGAUAAAAGAACUUACUCAAAAAUUGGAGCAGAACAAAAAAAUGAAUCGAGAUUAUACAAGGAAUGCUUCUAAUCUUCUGGAAAGGAAUGACCUACGCAUCGAGGAUGGUAUCUCUUCCACACUGCCAUGCAAGGAAUCGAGAAGGAAGGGCUCUCUGGACUAUCUGAAGCAGGUAGAGAAUGAAACACGAAACAAAUCAGAAAACGAAAAGAACCGAAAUCAGGAAGACAACAAAGUCAAAGACCUUAACCAAGAGAUUGAGAAACUUAAGACACAAAUCAAACAUUUUGAAUCUCUGGAGGAAGAGCUUAAGAAAAUGAAGGCCAAAAAUAAUGACCUUCAGGAUAAUUACCUAAGUGAACAAAAUAAAAACAAACUUUUAGCCAGCCAGUUGGAGGAGGUAAAGCUACAAAUCAAGAAACAGAAAGAGUUAGAGAACGGGGAGGUGGAAGGGGAAGACACUUUCCUGUCCAGCAAAGGCAGGCACGAGAGGACUAAGUGUAGAGGCCAUGGGAACGAGGCACCUGUGUCCAAGCACACAGCCCGGGAGCUGUCCCCUCAGCAUAAGCGGGAGAGGUACCGAAACAGGGAGUUUGCUUUCAACAAUGAAAACUAUUCUCUGAGCAACAAGCAGGUUUCCUCUCCCAGUUUUACCAACAGGAGGGCAGCCAAAGCUGCCAACACAGGGGCAGGUACAGACAGUGGGACUCAGGAGACAAAGAGAACUGAAGAUCGAUUUGUGUCUGGCUCCUCUCAGAGUGAAGGGAAGAAGUCCAGGGAGCAGCCAUCGGUGCUUAGCCGCUACCCCCCAGCUGCUCAGGAGCACAAUAAAGUUUGGAAGGGCAACCCCAAGUCAGGUACUGAGAGUGGGUUGAAGGGAAAAGUAGAGAAGACAACACGAACAUUCAGCGAUACCACCCAUGGAUCUGUUCCCAAUGACGUAUCGGGGAGAGGUGACAAGGCUUCUGACACCUCCACUGAAGCCCUCUUUGGCAAGAGAGGGCAGGUGACUGGCAAUGGAAGUCAAAUAACUCAGGCCGCAGACUCUGGCAGUUCUAAGGCCAUUGGAGCUCUGGCCACAUCUAGAAGAUCUUCCUCAGAAGGGCUCUCUAAGGGCAAAAAGGCUGCCAAUGGCCCGGAGGCUGAUACCAGUUUAUCCAAUUCCAAGGCUCCACCUUUAUCAAAGUAUUAUAGCUCCAGAAGCCAAGAGAACAUCCUUCAGGGCUUUUCAACCCCAAGUAAAGAUGGAAUUGAUCAACCCGUAGCAGUUGUGAUGGAAGACAGUGGUCAGCAUGAGGCCUUGAGGUGUCGAGUCAUCAAAUCCAGUAGCAGAGAGAAGCCAGACUCAGAUGAUGACAUGGACAUGGUGUCUCUUGUUACUGCCAAAUUGGUAAACACAACCAUCACUCCAGAGCCAGAGCCCAAGCAACAGCCCAACUGUAGAGAAAAAGCCAAACCCCAAGGGGGACUUAGAACCUCCUUAUUUGAGAAUGAUAAAGAUGCAGGAACAGAAAGUGAAUCUGGGAAAUCUGUCAGAGCCCCCACCAAUGCCGUGGAGCUCCCAGAGGCCAAUGGUGCCGGGGUGAAAAGCCAGCGGCCCUUCAGCCCCAGAGAGGCCUUGCGGUCUAGAGCCAUCAUUAAACCUGUUAUCAUUGAUAAGGACGUGAAAAAAAUCAUGGGAGGAUCUGGAACUGAGGUCACACUGGAGAAACAGAAAUCUACUUCCAAACCAGGGCCAAACAAAGUGACAAGCAGCAUAACUAUAUACCCCUCCGACAGCAGCAGCCCGAGGGCCACCCCCGGUGAGGCCCUGCGGGAGAGGCACACAUCCACCAGCAACAUCCAGGUUGGGCUGCCAGAGCUCACGUCAGUUAGCAACCACGUCAGCUCCCCCUUUGAGCUCUCCAUUCACAAACAUGACAUCACCCUGCAGUUCACAGAAGCUGAAAGAAUGGGAGAUGGGCCCAUGAAGAACAGGCCAGAAACUGUGGUCUCUCGGAGCAGCAUUAUAAUCAAGCCAUCAGAUCCCAUGGAGAGGAACAGCCAUGCACCCGCAGCGGAGACAAUCAGGUGGAAAAGCCAUAGUGCCCCUUUAGAAGUGGGCUCUUCAGAUGCCAGACACGUUACUGUGCGGAAUGCCUGGAAGAGUAGGCGAGACUUGAACUCUUUAGAAGACCCCCCAACUCGAAUAGGUAAAAAUGUGGAAUCAACCAACGCCUACACACAAAGGUCUUCCACAGACUGUUCAGACCUUGAACAGCCCAGCUUGCACCUUUUUGAGCAGGGCACUCAAAGGGUGGGACACUCAGGAGAUGCCCCCGAGCUCUCCUCCAGAAGGACCCAAAGCAGCCUCACCGUGUCAGAGGUGCUCACUCGUCGGAAUCGGGUAGGAGAUGCUGUCUCGGCCACAGCCUGGAACCACUCAACAGGCAUGGAGGAAUGUGAUGACUGUACACUCAGUGUCUACAGGCGGCUGCACAACUCCCUAGAACGGUCUGAACUGUCUGGGAAGCAGGGGCUGCCAGAGCCCGGGCGCGCUCGGGCUGAGGAACGGUUACGGCCAAGCAGGCCGUGUGCUGAGGAGAACUGAGCCAGCCGGGUGAGGUCUGCUGUCUCCUCUACUCCUGCUUCUCAGCUUUUCCACCUUCCUGCCCUAGAAGGAUCCAAGGCCAGUUAGCCAGGCCAGACACCAGGCUGUGGCUGGGAGACUGUGCCAGAAAGCCGGGCUGUGGCUUAAGUUAUUUUUUUGCCAGUUGACCAGAGGGUAUCAGAAACUACAAGCUGGACAUGGUCACCCAGGCCCAGCCUCCCCUGAUGCAUGAGUCUUCUCUCCUUGUCCCUGUCCCCAAGGUAGGAUGGGCCACUUUGGCCCCCAAAUGAGCAAAGAUACAGAAGUCCCUUGUAUCCUUACCACACAGCAGCAGCCAGUAGUCCUUCUCCACUCCUUGGUGGAUUGUGUGUCACAGAGCAGCCCCUUCUGUGUGGUUCAUGUUGACCCCUUAGUCUCCUCACCACAACCACAUCACUGCUUGUUUGCCCUAGGGGCCUAAGCACCCACCAGCCAUCAGCUCCAUCUGGGGGGCUUCCAUUUCUUCCCCUUUGGAGUUCCGCAGACUUUUACAGAAGAGGUCUGUGCUGCCUUUAAGGGUUUGUGGGACUACCCUUUAGGUUGAAGUUUCUCGGACCUGGCUGGCCAUUGUUUCCUGGGGGCAGAGCACACAGGUACCCACCUACUGGCAUGGUGUCACCCCUCCCCCCAACCCCAACUCCGCUCACCUUCCAGAGGCACCUGGAAGUGCACAAGCCUCAUGCAUCUCCUUCCCGGGGCUCCAGUAAUGAAUGCUGCUGGCCUUGCCUGCUCCUCUCCUGUGGCUGGAGACUUCAGGCUGACUUCGUUGUUUCCUCCUUUGGAAUAUUCCCAGACUAAACUGGGCCUGACCCAGCAUACUCUGCCUUCUAGGAAGUGCCAGCAAGGGGGAAAGCGGACAGGAAGAAGCGAUUUCCCUUUAGUCACUCCACAAAGCAAUAGCUCCAUGGAAGGCACGGACUUUGUUCCUCCUCCUCACCCCCCACGGAGGAGGUGUCGCACUUUACCAAGCUGAUGCAUUCCUACAGGAGAGGGCCCACGGUUUUCUGCAAACCGACUGUCAAUACGAUGACUUCAUUGGAGGAAAGGUAAUAUGUGCCUACCAAGGGCCCCAGGUUUAUACAAUUCAGAAUGCAGCAAACCUUUCAGGAAGCCACAUAAACAAAAAUUGAUUACUUUCCUUAUACCAGUGACAUGGGGAAGGAACCAUACGCUCUUGGCAGUGCUUUUUUUUUUUUAAACUGCAUUCUCUCAGUUCAAAGAAGGGAUCCCCUUUAAAAAGCUACCUUGAUGAAGCAGACACUGUUCCUUCAUAGUGAAAAGACAGCAUUAGAAUUCAGGAAAACUGAAUUUUCUUCAUGGCUUUGUACUUCCUUGCUAUGUGACCUUAGGCAAGUCACCGUCCUCUUGGAUCCUCAGUUUCCCUAUCUGUAAAAUGAGUUAUUUGAAAUGGAUGGUCACUAGGGGUCCUAAAUCUGGCAUUCUAAGAUUUUUUUCUAUUUUCACUCUCCUGUGGGGAGGUGAUUCUCACUCUCAGAAGGUACUGUCCAAAUGGGUUUGCGUGUGUUCCCCCAACACCUUUGUUUUUCUGGGUCUUAUUCUUUACAGUUCCCCAUGUUUUAAUGUCAUGAGGAUGAACUCAGAGAAGCUCCCUCGGCCCCAUUUUUCCAAUCUAUGAAACAAAAGGGUCAGAUUAGGUGGUCUCUGUGGCCCUUCGCAGCACCAGCCUUGCCCAGUGCCACACAGCAGGCCACGGGCUUUCCAUGACGCAAGCUGGUGUGUCUCCUGUUCCAGUGCUGCUUGGGGCUCCUCUGCCUCCACUCUGUGGGAACCAGCGUUCACCUCACCCUUGUCUGCAUCAGAUCUGGCGAUCCUGGAGGAGUCUUGGGGAAGUACCUACCUUUCACAGACAGGAGUGUUUUGCUCAUACUUCCAUUUUCCCGGAGUUUGCCAAUCAUGUGGCUUGCCUUUUCUCCACAUCGCUGCCUCAGAUGCUCAACUUAAGAUGCUGUUUUCAAAUUCUCUUCCUGCUGCUUUUGCUGAGUCACUGGCCAGAAACUAGCUCGAGGCUACAACCUCUCACUUGAAGUCUCCCUGCCAUUCUUCACUGGUUGGCAACCCUGAGAGUCCAAAGGAAACAGACCUCUGUGGUGGUCAGCUGAGGCUAGGAAAUUAGUCUGUGGCUCUUUGCUGGUGGAAAACAGGCGCCAAGCCAUGCCUACAAGAUCUAGCCAAUAAUUCCUGUCUUUGGGCGUUGGAGCCCUGGAUUCUGGUGCUGUAGCUCCUGGUGCCAAAGUCUGGAUCUUUCCAUGUUUCAGCAGCACCAACAUCUGCCACCACCCAAAAUGCUCUAUGGAAGAGGGACAGCUCUGGUGCCCUCUUGCUGGAGCUGCUAUCUUAAAACCUGAGUGCAAUAGGGUUUGAUUGUAACAAUUAUUUCAGGAUAAAUAUUUUGUUUCCUUAAUCUGCACACUUUCUAGAGUCGCUGUAAAAAAGGUUUUAUUUUUAAAUGUCCUCAGCAAUUACAGAAAAUACCAUUUGCAAUAGCAAGUGAAGGCUAGAGGUUCAGUUCCUCUAGGCUUCAAAUGGCUGGCAAGGCUGGCUCUCAAAUUCCAAAGUUGGAAGGCCCAUUUCUGAAAAGCAGCCUAGGUGUGUGACCGUCUGGACCCAGGCCUCACCAUCAGGGGUCCUGGAGGAAACUUCCAAAUGGGAGACCUGAUAGUUGAAUAGCUUGUCUAAUCAAGCCAGAUAUUCCCACUGCCCCAGCCAACAACCCCACUUUUAUGACAAGCAUCUUUUGCAGCUUGGCUCUAACUCUUGAGUUUUACUGGCAGGUGUAUGGCUGUGGGAGUUCCUAGUAAGGCUGGGGAACCUGGCACUCCAGAGCUGCCUGGCUGGAGGAAGCAGAGCUGGCUAAAUGCCAGGAGCUGGUCUCCACCUGCUGCCACGUCUCUCUCACCACUCUGUAUCAAUCAAUCAGAGAAAGCUGCAGGGAUGGUGGGCAGAGAAGCCAUGGCUGCUUUUGCUUCUGCAUGGCAAUGAAACAGAGUGUAGGUCAGACGUGGGUUAAAGGGAUUUGCAGUGGGGCCAAGGACUCCAACCUCAGCCACGGGCAAGCUUGCACAUAACUCACCCCCGUAGUGGGGUGUGGGAGGGUCUAUACUGAUCUUGGACUUGUCAUCCUGGGGCCGUUUUAGUUCUUCAUUUUGGUGGGUUAGUGCCAAGUGCCACCACUUCCCAGUAAAGGAAUAGGGACCCUGCCUCUGAGUCCCCAGCUGCCUUUGUUGGUGUUUUGUUUUGUUGUUUUUUUAAAUCGUUAAUCUGACAAGACUGCGUUGAAAGAGCUGCUUUUAGGGAUUACCUUUUAAAUACCCCAGGUGGGGAUCAGGGUUCUCCUCAAAGCCUCACAACCAAGAUCAUAGGAAAGGGGCCCUAUUUUCCUGCUGCUUCACAGCUCAGAACAUGUACUGAAUGGAAUGUAUUUUUAAGAGAAUAUAGUCUAUUUUUUUGUAUUUUAAAGAUUGGGAGGGCUAGGGAAACAGCCCUCAAACUGUUAUUGCAUCAUAGGCCCCCUUGCCAGGGGGCAUCAGUAUCUUGUUGGUCCGCACCUACUUGCUCAGGCAGGUGCUCUGGUCUCGCCGCCGCCCCUUGGAGUCUAGGUGCAGCAGCUUCUCCUACAUUCCUGCUCCAAGCCUGGGACCAAGGAGGCCGGACCCUGUCGCUGGAAACCAGGGCGAAGCCAUGAGCAGUGACUCAGGGCUCCUUGGGUGCAUGUGUAUAGUUGAAGCUGCCUGUCUGCAUGUAUCCUCUGGCUCUAAUGCUGUCUGUUGGCUCUGCAGCACAAUAUGUAACCAAUAAAGCUCCCUAGUUUCCA